CUUGCACUUAGUUUAAUCAGAUGAUGACUAUAAAUACGAAAUUUUGGCAAAAAGAAAGCAUCAGUUCAUUUUCGUAAUCGAAAAAGUUCAAAUCAUCAAUAUGAAAUUCGCAAUUGUUUUACUGGCUUGCCUCUUGGCUUUCGCCUAUGCCAACGAAGAAGCUGAAGUUGUCAAGGAGUUCUCUGAAGUCAAUGCCGAAGAUUUCAAAUAUGCCCUCGAAUUGACCAACCACAUUCGUGCCGAACAGGAGGGUCAUUUGCAAGACAAGGACAACUGGUUGGUGAAGGGUGAAUACGAAUUUGUCACCAAGGAGGGCAAACACAUCAAGGUUACCUACACCGCCGAUGAACACGGUUACCAUCCCCAUGUUGAACAAUAAAUUGUUACGUUUUUAGACAAUGAGUGAAUAAAAUCGAUAUGAGAGUUAAUAUUUUUCAAAACUAA